AUGUCUCCGAAAACACUGAAGCAACCCGUGUUCUUUUGUAUCCAUUGCGGCAACAAGUUCACUCGCAAAGAACAUCUAGAACGCCACAUCGCUUCUCAUACUGGUGCGAAGCCUUGGUCAUGCGUCCAUUGCUUUAUGCCGUUUAACCGUCAGGAUCUGCUCCGAAGACACAUGUUGAUUUACCAUUCGGUUUCAGACGACUUGGACCCAAUUCCACCCCAAACCGGUGCGCACAAGCCGGACGUGGCAUGCCAGCCCUGUCACAAAGCCAAGUGCCAGUGCGAUAAGCAGAAACCGACGUGCGGGGCGUGCAAAAAGAAGGGUAUCACAUGUGUCCCACGUGAGUCCAGGAGAGUAGUCAAGCAGGAGACCCGGGCCCGCCGUUCAGCAGCGCCGCAACAACCUCCUCCGCCCGCCCAAGUCCCUCUACCUGCUCAACCCACACGAGAUGAGCAAAACCAACAAGAACCAGUCAUGGAGGCUUCUCUUGAAACCAUGAUUGACGGCGAGGCAUACCAGCAAGAGCGACAGGCAUCACAUAUCCAGCAGGGUCUUUACCAAGGAACGGGACCACAGAGCUUGUUCAUACCACAAGUACCUUUGACUGGAAAUUUGGCUCCUGGAGUCGGCUUCCCCAACUUCUACGGUUUUCCCAAUCCUAGCUACGGAGGUUUCGACGGUUAUGGUAAUCCGAUCCAGCCGUUUGGUCCGAAGCCCGCGCAUCUCGGUUCUCAGAAUGACCCUUCAUUGAAUAUACCUGACUUGAGUCCGGGCUCAUCUACCUCUAUCGAAACCGGCUUUGAGACGCUUGACGAAAUUCCAGACAUGAACGGGUUUUCAGGUUAUGGCGAGGUCGUAGUGAAUGGCAACAACCACCACUCACUUGCAGGCGAUGCUACAGGACUUUGGGGUUGGGAAACAAAUUCGCUCAACGAUUUUGGGUUCAUGUAA